AUCCUGACAAAUUAGUUUCUAAAAUGAAGUUGGUUGUUGGCUAUGUUCCUGAGCACUUCAGCACUCCACUUUUUCUUGCUUUGCAGCAUGGCUUCUAUGCUAAACAUAAUGUUGAUGUUGAAUUCAAGCCUUUCCCUUCGGGUAGUGGGCACCUGAUUCAGUGCCUGGGUGACAAAACCAUCAAUGUGUCGGUAGGUCUCACCGAGGCAUUUAUUCGGGGAAUUGCAGCUGGAAACGAAAGCUAUAAACUGGUGGGUGUGUACGUUCAGUCCCCUCUGUGCUGGGCAGUAAGCACUGGCAGCAAACGGGAUAUCCGCAGCGUUGACGAGCUUGAAGGCUCGACUGUUGGAGUAAGCCGAAUGGGCUCUGGGUCUGACGUUAUGGCCAAGGUGCUUCAGCUACAGAAAGGCUGGACAACCCCAUUCAAGUACGAGAUCAACAAUGACUUUAAAAACUUGCGCGACGGCGUCAAUCAUGUUGGCGCUGCGCACCCCACGGACUUUUUCAUGUGGGAGCAUUUCACUUCGAAAAAGUACUAUGACUCGGGCGAGAUCAAGCGAGUGGGCGAGAUCUACACGCCCUGGCCUUCGUGGGUUAUUUCCGCCAGCCCCGACGUUGAUAGUGGCUCCUUGAAGGCUUUUGUUGAUGCUGUAAACGAAGGCAUCGCCUACUUCCGAUCCCACCCAGACGAGGCUAUUUCGUACAUUACGUCCAACUUGGACUACUCCGAGGAAGAUGCUCGGAACUGGUUGAAGACUGUCAAGUUUAGUGACGACUGCGCUGCCAUCUCUAAUGAGCUAGUCCAAAGCACGCUGGAUAUUCUCAAGCCAGCCGCGGGACUGCCUGAAGGAGUGGAAAAGUUGGAAUACAUUAAGAAAUAA